AUGCCUUUCCAAGAGGCGAAGCCCACGGUUCGAAAGUUCACCGAUGCCAACGGAAGAAAAUGGUUGGUCAGGGAAAAGAACCCAGGCCGUUCGCAACAGCCAUCUGCUGCUUCCCGACAAGAGCGAGCGCCGCCUCGAUAUGAGGAACGCGACCCUCGACGGGAAGUGCAUAGCCGUCAACGCGGGGGAUCUCGUUCAGGGUACGAAGAACGUCCUUUACAACGAGGAUUACAGGCGCCACCUCAGCCAGAACUGCGCCAGGCGUCACGCCCACAGCGUCGAUCACACUACCAAGAGGGCAGCAUUCGAGCGUCAGGCUCUGCGAAUGCUCGUCGAUCUUCUGAUGGAGCACACAGGGAGUCUCAAUCCCAUGGAUACUGGCCUCAACAACGAUAUAUUGACCACCAGGAGGAUGCGGCCCGUACAGCUGACCGAGCCAAACGGCAAGCCAAGAAGGAAAAGUACAUCAAGUGGCUGAUGUUCUUCAUCUCAUGA